CUUUGCUUUGAAAUUGCAUCAAUGGUGGAACCCAGUUGUUGUUUAUUUUUUCUUCUUUUUUUUCUCCUUAAUCGUCAUUCUCUGUAGUGAUUGAAAAUGGAGGAAGCAAAAGCAGAAGUGGAGAAGAAGUUGUCUGUACUUUUGAAGUUAAUUCAAAACAAAAACAAGAUCCCAAAGGUUACAAAGAAGGAGCUUGUUGGGGUUGUUGAAGAUCUUCACGAGCAGUGUCGCUUACUUUACUAUGUGUUUGAUGAUUUGGGAACUAAACAUGGAAGAAAAGCAAAAUUGGGUACAGAUUCAUCCUCAAGGUCUAGUUCGGAUUUGGAUUACUAUUCUUCAGAGGAGAUAGAGACCAGUAAUGGUAGUGAAACAUUGAGCUCGGAUUACGCGCUGUUGCUAAGAAAGCUUCAAGAGACAGAGCUAAGAAAUGAAGAUUUGGAGAAACAAGUGAGCAGACUCAAAGAAGAAACUGUGUUUUUACGCGAUCAAAACAUGGAAGUGGCUGGAGAUAUUGAAGGUAAGAGAAACGAGGACAGGGACCAUUUCAAAGGCUUGAUGACUAAAAGUGAAGCUGCAUUGUUGCGUAACCAGAAAAAGGAGUUGGAAGUGGAGCUGAAGAAUAAAACCAAUCAAGUUUCAGAGACGCAAAUGCGAUUGAAGCGUUUGGAGGAAGAGGCAGAGAAAAAAGCUAAGGCAGAGAUGAAGAUUGUUGAAGAAAAGGUAGCUUUGUGGAACAAAGUACAGAAACUUGAAGCGGGCGUUGAGACUUUACGGAAGAAGAGAAAGGAGUAUAGUGAAGAGAUGAAGAGUAAGAUCACUGAGAUUGAUCGUCUUAAGGAAGAGAAUCAGAAGCUGCAAACAAGAAUCGGAGAGAUCGAUGAAAUUGGAGACAAGAGUAAGAAACUUGACAACCAAGUUACUGAUCAGCCUAAACUAGAGAAGGAACAAGAAGACAUCAUUCAACGGCUAUCAAUGGAGACUAAUGAUCAGAAGAAACUUCUUAAAGAACAAAAAGAUGCCAAUGAUAAGCUCUCAGAGGAUCAGAAGCAAAUGAGACGUUGGUCGUUUGGUGGUUCGAAAUUGAAUACAAAUCUUCUCGAGAGGAAGAUGGAAGAGUUGGCUGAAGAUUUCCGAAUGAAAAUGGAAGAUCAUAUCCGUAUACUGUACAGGAGGAUCCAUGUAGCCGAACAGAUACACCUAGAGAGCAAGAACAGCUAUAUCAAGACGCGUGACAACACACAAGUCCAAGAAAACAGAGGAAACAGAGACAACACACAAGUACAAGGAAACAGAGGAAACAGAGAAGAUUUCAAUGUCUCUGAAACCCAAUUCAAGAAAAUCAAAGAAAUGGUGGAGAAAGGGCUUGCAGGACCAGAGAUGGCGAUAAAGAAGCUAGAAGAAAGCGGGGGAUUAGUGAGCCGAGUCACGAGAUUAGCUAAAGAGAUCGAUACAGCGAAAAAGUGGGUGAAAGAGAAGGACAACAAGACGAAGCAUGAGGUUGAAACGCUAGAAGCAAAGCUAGAAUGCAGAGAAGCACAAGAAUGUUUACUAAAGGAGAAGCUAUCGAAACUAGAGGCGAAGCUAGCAGAGGAAGGAACAGGGAAGCUGAGUCUAGCAAAGGCAAUGAGGAAAAUAAAAAAGCUUGAGAUAGAUGUGAAGGAGAAAGAGUAUGAGUUGUUGAGCUUAGGAGAAGGGAAGAGAGAAGCCAUAAGACAGCUUUGUGUUUUAAAUGAUUAUAACCGUUGUCGAUAUGAUGAUCUCAAAACUUCCAUCUUCAACGUUGCUCUUCACGCUUAAACUUCACUUCUUCCUCUUCCUCUUCCUCUUCUUCUUUGGUGCAAAACUGUAAAUAUUAUGUUGCAAGAUUUGAGUAUUUUUCAUUGUUGUAAACUUGUA